UUUUUUAGUAGAUCUUAAUUAAUUAUUUAAAUUUACUCAAUUAUAUCGAUUAUUAUUUAUCAAGGAGGCUUAAAUCAACAAAUUGAUUGAUUAUUAUUUAUUUAUUAUCAAUAAAAUGAAUUUCUUAAACAAUUAACUGAACUCUACAAACGACAGAGUUUUUGAAAUAAAUGGGAGAUUAGUUGUAAAAAAAACAAUGUGGACCAAGGGAGGGACUGAAUUUAUGAAUGGAGCUACAUUUAGCAUUGAAUCUACUCACGGGUGCUAUCAGCAAAUUAUAAACAGAAAUAUUUGUUUUGUGAAUCAAAAAACAUUAGCGUUUCUUAGUGGAAAGCACAUUGUCAUCUAAGAUAUUAUUUCUCAAAAACAGUAAAUAAUUAUGAAGAAUCUCGAUGACAGUGAGGUUUCAUGCAUGAAUCAUUACCAAAAGAAUGAAAAUUCAACAAUAAAGAUAGCUUUAGGGUUUAAGGCACAAGCAAAAAAGAUGGCUUAAGCUAAGAUUUACAAAUCAAAGAAAAACAUACAACAGAAUUUCAUUCAUAAUCACUUACCAGCUUAGACUGGAAUUAUAGAUAUUGGUUUCAUCUUUCAAAGUAAGGUUUUUAUUACCCUUGCUGAAAACACUGAAUAGAAGGAAUCGUAUGUAAAUAUUUGGAAAUCGAAGGAUGAAUCAUAUGUUUGUAAUUAAACAGUAGACUUUUGUCUAACAAAGGCAAUUGCUUCACCUUUAUCUUAAGAUGAGUUUUUUAUAUUCAAUAGCAAAAGAGUUUAUUUAUGGCACUAUGAUAUUCAAAACGGGAAAUUAAACUUUUAGAAACUCUAGUUAAAUAUAAUUGGCUCUAAACAAGAAUAGAUUAUUGACAUUGCUUUUCUUCAUGACACUCCUUAUAAUGGAAUUAUAACUAAUUAAAACUAUUUAUAUUUCUCCAAAUCAAAUAAUUUGAUACAAUCUAUUCAACUCUUAGCCAAUUUCUAAAACUACUCAUCCGAAUGCAAAUGCAUCAGCUCUGUAAAAAAAGGUUUUGCAAUCGGAUUUUAAGGGAAUUUCAAUGGAGUGCAUUUAUACAGAUAGAGCUAGGCAGAUGAAGAGUUAAUAUUCGAGAGGGAAAUUUAAGUAGAGAAAAUGGCAUAUGAUAUUUCAAAGCAAAAAAUUUUAAGCACAACUUAAAUAAUGUGUGACAAAGACGAGACAUAUUUAAUUUUAGGAAUAAUCUACAAUAAAAGAGAGUCUAAUAUGCAGCAAUUUAAGAAGUAAAAGGAGUUUGCACUGAAUAUAGGAGAUACAGAUCCGAGUAAUUAAGGAGAAUAAUCUGCUUAAACAUAAAAACAGAAUAUGCUUAGAAUACAAGAUUUAAAAUAAAAAUAGGCAUAAGAAUUGAAAAAUUCGACAUUGCUUAGAAGAAUUGACUUCUUAAUUUUUGAUUUCUAAUAACUAAAAGAGGAAUUUAAUUACAAAUAUUUUUAAAAUUCAUUCACUCCAGUUUUUAAUUGUGGAGUCUUGAAAGGAGCUAUAGUAGACAUGUCAAUUUGCCACUCGAAGAAUAUAAUUGUCUUAAUAUCAGAAGAUAAGUAGUUCUUAGUAUUUGAAUUCAAUCAAAAAUAAGGUUGUUACAAAUGUUCUUUCAUACAAUCAUUUUCAGACUAAUUGUAUUCAGUUUCUAUACACCCAUUAUUUAUUUAAGUAGCCAUAGGUCUAAAAGAAGAAUUAAAAGUGCUGUAUUUGGUUAAUUCUGAAAUGAAGCAAAUAUACUCUGAACUAACUAAGCAAUGCUUUGCUGUCAGAUACAACUAGAGUGGAAAUAUACUUGCAGCUGCAAAUUAUUAAAAUAUAUGCAUGUACAACCCUUAUUCGUUUGAGAUUUUGUAUAUCUUAAAUAGCUUAAACUCAGGAGCUAUAAAUCAGCUGAAGUGGUUUAACUAAGAUUAAAUACUAGUUUCAAGCUGUGUUUUAGGUUCAGUUCAGUGUUGGAAUUUAUCAAGAAAAUAAAAAAUGAUUGAUCACACGAGCAAAGCAGGAGUAAAAUUUACUAUGGUUGCUUAUGAUCCAGAUUAUGAUUUAGUCAUUAAAUGCACAAUUGAUAAUAAAGUUAAAUUAUUUUCUGAUAAAGGUCAAACUCUUCUUUACGAUAUGGAUAUUUAGCCAAUUACGUUUACAUAUGUUUAAAUAGUCAAAGAAAUGAGUAUUGUUUUAUUUGGGACAAACCUAGGAACUGUAAGAAUGUAUUUAUGGCCGUUUGAUAUUAGCUUAAAGGCUCAAGAAUUUUUAGAAAUUCCUAUUCACUAAGGAGAAGUUAGAUGUCUCAAUAUUAGCAGAGAUUUUUUGUAUAUGUGCAGUGGCAGCAUAGAUGGAGAUAUUUAUUUUACUAAAAUGAGAGAGUAUUAAGAUGGUUUAGAGGUUUCAACAUUAAGAGAAUACAAGAAGAAUCUUCUCAAAUCUCUAAAUUAGCUUCAUAAUUCUACUAUUUAAGGAAAUUAGAAUAUGGCAUUUUUCAUCACAUAAGAAACACACAGUCUAUUUAACAGGCUAUUUGAUUUUAAUAACGUUAAGAAGACAAGUGAAAGUUAUUUGUAUUUAUUAAAUGACCUAGCUUUAUGGAAUUUUUAAAGCUACAAUGAUAUCAAAGACUCAUUAAAGGAACUAAAUUAUUAGAUAAAUGAUUUAAUUACCAUCAUCGAUGAUAAAAAGGCUAAUAAAACCAUUAAAAUUUAGAAAAAAGUUGAAGAUAAAUCACAAGAGUGCAAAGAAGCUGUUUAAGUUAAAAACUAAGAAUUUACCCAGCUAAAAAACGAAUUUAAAGAGAAAUUAGUUGUAAUCAAGAAAUAACUCUCUGAUCUUUAGAAUAACUAUAAGACAGAUAUUUAAAAAAUUGAAGAUGAGUAUCAUGAUAAAUUGAUCUAAGAGUAUGACCAGUUUUCUUAUUUGAAUGAAAUAAAAAGUUAGUUGCUCUAACAAAAUGAAGAAUAAAUCAAUUCUGACAAAGAAAAGUACAGAUCAGUCUUUGAAAAAAAAUUGUUAAAAUAUAAAAAAAAGUAUUAAAAAGAAGAGCAAAAUUAUUCAACUGCCUUGACUCAGAUUAGAAUAAAUUAAAUUGAAUUUGAAGAAAUACAAAAACAGGAAGCUGAAGAGUUCUCAGAAUAUCUUGAUCUUAUAAAAUAAAAGCUUCUGUAAGAGAAAUAAUACUAACUCAAAAGAUCAGAUGACUUGAGAACUUCUAACACAAAAUUUUCUAAAGGAAUAGAAGGUUUUUUAGAAAAAUAACAUAAUGGAGAAAGGACUAUUUUAGAACUUCAAUAUCAAAUCACUUCUUAAAAACAAGCUAUUCAAAUUUCAAAAUAAACAUAAUAAUAACUCAAAGGAUAGCUUAAAGAAAAAGAAAUUAUUAUAAAUGGCCAGGAAUAAGAAAUUUAAGCUUUUAGAUACAAAAAUUAGCAUCUAUAAAAUUAUAAAGCUGUUUAUGAUUAUAAAUUACAAGUCUUGUAAGAUGAAUAGGAUCCGUUGAAUGAGCAUCUUGCUGAGAUUGAGAAAAAAACUAGAGACGUGUAUAAGGAUUUAUUGUCUCAAUCUAAUGAGAAGUAAUAGUUAGAGUAAGAGAUUGAAAAUAAGAAUUAGCUUUUAAAUGAAAAAAAAGUUUAAGAUAAAAAGAAAAAGGAGUUAAUGAUGGAAAUUAAUUACAAAAUAGACUCUUUUCAAUUUGAAAUUAAUCAAAUGCUCAAAAAAUUAGAUUUUGAAAAUUGGUAGAAAAACCUGGAAAGUUUAUAUGAAAAAUAUUUUGGCGAGAGUAACAAUGUGAUAAAUUAUUUUACUUAGAAAAACAGCAAAAUUGGUUGGAAAGACAAAAAACUCUAAGAGAAAUAUGAGAAGGAGAAAGUGUUGAUGAUCUAAGACUCAAACGAAAUGAACUAGCAGAGGUAGGAAGAAGCCUUGUUAAAGGAUGUUAAUUAACUCAAUAAAAUCGUAAAGAUAACAAAUAACUAGCUCAACAACAAAUCCAAUUCUGAUAACAACUUGCAAAUCAGAAUAAAAGACUAGCACGAUUAAGCCCAUGAUUAAAAUUUAAUUUUGCUUAAUGAAUGUAAUAAAUUAGUUGAAGAAAAAACCAAACUAAAGGAAACUCUGCACAAAAUGAUAAAAGAAUAUGAGCAAAUUUCAAAAGAAAUUGAUGAAUCAACUGGUCAAAAAUCAGAAUAAAAGGAAUUAGAUGUUUAUUAAAUAAUAUCUUAGAAAGGCUUUAAUUAAAAUUUUCAAAAAAGACCUUUUUAUUCUCCUAUGCAGAGAGCUAAUUAAACUUAAAACAGCCCAUUUAUAGCUAAGAGAGAUGGCUCAGCUGAUAAUUUCAGAAACAAAACAACAUAUUCUCCUAGAUAAUUUAAGUUUUCGUAAAAAGAUAACCUAGACAAAAUAAAAGAUGAUCUGGAUGAAGAUGAAGAUUAUGACAACCAGAAAGCUUUUUCUCCACUAAGAAAAAUGAAGAGAUUGCUUAAAGAUAUUGACUAAUUUUCGAAGAUUUCAAACUAAAUAUAAGAAAAUAAGAGAGAGUAACAUAAUCAUUCAUCAAUUAAUAAGUCUCUAUCUCCAAGCCCAGCGUUUAGGUCAGUUUAAAAUUCAUCAAAAGAUUUGAAUCCUCGGCCUCCAAGUGGUUAGAUUUUAAAUAAUAAAAUUUUAAAAAAUCAAUCACCAAAAAACUAAAAAUUGCAAGAAAAUAGAGGUUCACCUAAAUCAAAAAACUCUUCUUCUUCCUCUAGUGUCCGUAUUAUUCCAGCUCCUUCCCAGUAUAAAACUAAUUCUUAACAAGAACAACAUUGAUUGAUUCCUCUUAAAAAUAAAUUAAAUAUUUUAAAUUUUUUUUUUCAAUUAAAAUUUAAAAUAAACACUCAAGUUAAUAAAAUUAAAAUGUACAUUUAUUAAAUUAAUUUUUAUUGUAAAUAAAAUGGUGUUUUGCAUUUUUAUAUCUUAAGAAUAAAAUUAAUUCAUUUAAUUAUCU